GGAAGGAAAAAGGGCGGCGCUCCCUGAGCCAAUUAAAUAGCAAAGCGCCGGGCGGCUUCCGCUUCCGGGAGGAUAAAGUGUCGCGCGCGGGCAGCGGCCUGGUCAGCAUGGCGGAUGACGAGAUUGCUGCCCUUGUGGUGGACAAUGGCUCUGGCAUGUGCAAGGCGGGCUUUGCAGGGGAUGAUGCCCCCCGUGCUGUGUUUCCCUCCAUUGUGGGACGUCCCCGGCAUCAGGGAGUCAUGGUGGGCAUGGGGCAGAAGGACAGCUAUGUGGGGGAUGAGGCCCAGAGCAAGAGGGGCAUCCUCACCCUGAAGUACCCCAUUGAGCAUGGCAUCGUCACCAACUGGGAUGACAUGGAAAAAAUCUGGCACCACACCUUCUACAAUGAGCUGCGUGUUGCUCCCGAGGAGCACCCCGUCCUGCUCACUGAGGCCCCUCUGAAUCCCAAGGCCAACCGGGAGAAGAUGACCCAGAUCAUGUUUGAGACCUUCAACACCCCAGCUAUGUAUGUAGCCAUCCAGGCUGUGCUGUCACUCUACGCCUCUGGCCGCACCACGGGCAUUGUGAUGGACUCCGGGGAUGGUGUCACCCACACCGUGCCCAUCUACGAGGGCUACGCGCUGCCCCAUGCCAUCCUGCGCCUCGACCUGGCCGGCCGCGACCUCACCGACUACCUCAUGAAGAUCCUCACGGAGCGAGGCUACAGCUUCACCACCACGGCCGAGAGGGAGAUCGUGCGGGACAUCAAGGAGAAGCUCUGCUAUGUUGCUCUGGACUUUGAGCAGGAGAUGGCCACAGCUGCCUCCUCCUCGUCCCUGGAGAAGAGCUAUGAGCUGCCAGAUGGGCAGGUGAUCACCAUCGGGAACGAGCGUUUCCGGUGCCCUGAGGCCAUCUUCCAGCCCUCAUUCCUGGGCAUGGAGUCCUGCGGCAUCCACGAGACCACCUUUAACUCCAUCAUGAAGUGUGAUGUGGACAUCAGGAAGGACCUGUACGCCAACACUGUGCUGUCGGGCGGUACUACCAUGUACCCUGGCAUCGCUGACAGGAUGCAGAAGGAAAUCACGGCCCUGGCACCCAGCACCAUGAAGAUCAAGAUCAUUGCCCCGCCAGAGCGUAAAUACUCGGUGUGGAUCGGCGGCUCCAUCCUGGCUUCUCUCUCCACCUUCCAGCAGAUGUGGAUCAGCAAGCAGGAGUACGAUGAGUCUGGCCCCUCCAUCGUCCAUCGCAAGUGCUUCUAGAGGGACUGCUGGCAGUCACCUGUGGGGUCAGCCUCCUGGCUGUGUUGGACCACCCUUGUUCCACUGUUUGAGAUUGCACCUCUUAACACUUUUGUUGGGAUACUAAGUAGUGCCCUGUGCAUUUUAAUGGACCAUUAGGCUGUAGUUCUGCUGUGGCUGGCUAGCUGCUCCUUGUGGCUCAGAGGUAGACAGAGGGUCAUUCACUUUUCCUGUCACACUAAUGGAAUGACACUAAAGUUAGGCUUGUCACUUUUAGGUUUGUCACAGCUGACUCCUUUUGUAGGAAAACAAAUAAACUUCUUAGGUUUGAAAACUAA